ACACAUGAACUGAAAAAUACCCAAAUAUUUAUCCAAAUACGCAAUUUUUUUAAUUUGAAAAAUUUACCUGAAAUCAAAACUCUAAUCGUAAACCAAAAACUUAAAAACAAUAUCCAUAAUACCGGAAACAUAUUCGAAAUGUCCAAAUAUACCUAAUAAACACAUAUUUAUGAUCGGGUCUAGGGUAGGAUCCGGACUCAAACAAAGACCUGCGGAUCCAAAAAACUCAAUAGGUUAUCUUUUCUGGACCUGAACUAAACCUAUAAUUUUGGAUCGGUUCGGUUGUUUUUUUUUAUCCGGAUAUAAUUCUCAUGUCGAAAAAAACUUACGUAAAAGUGUACAUAUAAAAUCUCAAAUAAACUAAUUUGUAAAUUAUAUAGCUGUUAAAAAUUAUGUUUUUCGAUAUAAUAAGAUUUUGUAUUUUAAUAUAAUCCAACAACUCCGCGCUUUCCAAGCGCGGGUCAAAAUCUAGUAAUAAUAUUUAAUUGGUAAAUUUUUGUGUGGGAAUUUUUCAAGGAUUUCAGAUAUCCACUAAUUAAAUCUAAUUAUUAUUUUUGCUUCCACAUGUGAGAUAAUCAAGUUGAUAAGAUAUCCCCAGUAAUGAUGUUCAUAGAAUGGGAAAUGAGAAUCAUAUGCAAAUGAGCUAAUCAUUAGAUAAGACUUACGUCUUGUUGCUGCUGCAAGCGCGGGAAGUCACAUGCAAUUGCCAUGCUAUGGUCUAUUGCAAAAUCGACAUUUCUUAUUAAUGUUAUCACAUGCUUUGGGCUGGUGAGGUAUCAAUUAUUAUGUUUCCUUGUUUAGCCUCCAUUAUAUUAGUACGAGAGAGACCUAACCCCUAAAUUAUUUUCAUUUUUUCGUCUUGUCUUCGCUAUAACUUCUGAGACCAUCUCCAAGCCACAUCUAUUUCUAUCUCUAUAUUUUCCUCUAAAAUAGAGAAGUUGUAUUAUAGAAGUGAAAAUGCUCCAAUGUAUACCUCUAUAAUAGAGUUUCUCUAUUUAUAAAGGAAAAUAUAGAGAUAUGUUAUUUUCACCUCUAAAUAUAGUGGCAAAAAAUAAUUUUCCUCUAUAUUUUUUCCUAUAAAAUAGAAGAACUAUGUUAUAGAAGCAUACAUUGAAACAUUUUCACUUCUAUAAUAUAAAUUUCUAUUUUAGAGGAAAUUAUAUAGGUGUACAUUGGAGAUUCUCUAAGCAACGAAGCAUAGUGAAAAUACACAAAAGUCAUAUUCAACUGAUAUUAAUUUUACCGAUAUCUCAUUCUGAUCUAAAUAUUUUUUCAUUCAAACGAAAACAUGUGUUUAAAGGUUUGUAUUAGCAUCCUUCGUUUGUUUUUCUUACUCUGUUAAAUUAGCAUUCAUAUUAAAAUCCGUAUAAUACAUAUCGAAAAGAAAACAAAAAUUCGGUUGAAAAAAUUAAAGAGAUCUAAUGGUCGGUCCCGUAAGCGAAACGUUGGAUUUGGCAACAAUUGAACAUGGCGAAGCGCUUUGCAAUGUGCAUUCACGUGUGAAAUGAUAUCCACAUGAUAACAUAAGAAAGAUCGAACGGUUUACGAAUAUUCGAGAUCACAUUGUAAACUCUCGACCGUGGAUCGUGACCCUCCUAAUUAAACGGCGUUUAAAACGGAGAACGUGGGAAGCGUCCGUCCAAGAAGAGGAGGAAGUACAUGUGAUGUGACAUGAACAUGAAGAUUAGUAUUGAUUAGUCACCCUUCGAUUCCAAAUCUGAAUUCAACAUUAUAUUUACAAGGAGUUCUUUUGUGGAAAGUUCCUCAUUCGUGCUUUAUUUCAUCAACUCCGUAUACUGGUACAGUAGUACUCUCUGUUUCUCAUGCUCUUAUUGUCCCAGAAUACAGGUAUGCUAUUGUUAUUGUGUGGUUUUUAUAUUCCCUUUUACAAAACUUCUUCUAAAAAUGUACGUAUAUUUUCAGUUCAACAGAAAAUUAUCUAACUCGAUAUGAUGGCGGGAGAAAUACAAGAACCGCUUAACCUAAGCCUUCUGGAGAAUUCUAUUCACUCAGGAUCCGUUUCAUUUGGGAGAUUCGAGAAGGAAUCUUUAUCAUGGGAGAAGAGAUCAUCUUUCUCACACAAUAGAUAUCUAGAAGAGGCUGAGAGAUUCUCUAAGCCUGGGUCUGUUACUCAGAUGAGAGCUCAUUUCGAGGCUCAUUUUAAGAAAAAAGGAAUCAAACUUCCAAGUUCUGUAGAAGCUCAAACAUGGGGAGAAGUAGCUCAACAUCAUCAACAAACUGCUAGUGAGAAAGAAGAAAAUUUGUGGGAGAGUAUGAGUCAGUGUAGCCACUACAGCUAUGAACUAGACAAGUGUGAUAAAGAAAAGAGCUCAUUCGGCGAUUCUUGUUUGAGUUAUGAGUCUUAUGAUGAUCAUAGUUCUCUUUCUGUUGCUUCGGAGAAGAUUGGAAUUGGUUGCAGUGAGAGAAGUGUAGAGGAUAAAGCAGAAAUGAGUUUUCCCUCUGCAACUGCAUUGAAGUCUUUGAAAAAUGACCGGAAAGCUACUCCUAGUUAUGCGAAAACGACGAAAACUACUACCAAGAAGGAUGUUGUCAUAGCAAAGGGGUCUUCUAGUUGUAAUACUAAAACAAGUUUUGACACUAAGAGAGGAAAGGAAAUGAAGCCGGCGUUGAUUGUUAAAUCCAAUGCAUCUCAAGCUCCAGUAACAAAGAAAACUGAGAGCCUGACUCCUCUAGCUGCAAACAAGUUCAGGUCCAAGAACACUUUUGGUUCUGCUAUGAAAGAGAGAACAGCUACUAAUGGUUUCAGUUCAAGAAGCAGCGAGAGAGUCGAGAAGAGAAAAGAGGAAAAUGUGGAAGCCAUAGUGCAAAAAUCUCUCAACUUCAAAGCAAGACCAGUGCUUCUAGCUAGACCUCAAGACACGUCAAUAGGUCAAGAAAAGGUAAGAAAAGAUGCUCAAGCACACUCAUCUAAAGCUAGUAGUAAUCGGUCAUUGGCAAAUGGAGCAGCCAAGAGUAAGCUCAAUAUUAACAAACAGAAGGUGGAUACACAGAGGAGUCUAACUGGGAUUAGACCAAAUAGCAGGGAUCAGACAGCGAAAAACAACGCAAACGGAAGGAGUUUGGCGGUUAGGCGCGCUGCGGUUGAGGUUGCUUUGUGAGCCAUUCACCGUUUAGUUGUGUUUGCGUUUGUGUUUCUAUGUUAUAAUGAUUAUAAUAUUAUACAAUAGAAACACAUAUAUAAUAAAACAAUCAGAGCUAGGGGCUCGCUUAUGUUAUAAUCAUCAUUCAAAUAAAUAAUCUCACAUUAUAAUUGUAAAAUGCAUUAUUUGAAAGUGGUUGUAAAAGAAACCUCUAAAGUGGCAAGCUUUGUGAAACAAAUAUUUUCAAACAUAUACGAAAUUCAAUUCAAUUUUCCCUUGCGAUAAAAUUUAGUUUUAAUUUCCAAAUAAUAUAAUUAGAUGCUGCGGCCUAGUUAAUUAUAAUUUAGUUUCCACUUUCCACAAUAUCUAGAGACAAUCUUUUAACAAUCUUUCUUUUUGGCUUUUUUUUUUUGCUUUACUUCCUCUGCAGUAUAUUCUAAAGCAUAACAACACCUUAUACAAACAAAUCAGAACUUUCUACAAUAAUUAUUAACUUAAUUACAAGAAGUUACCAGAACUCCAACAACCACAAGAUUUGCUACGGCUACGAUCAUUACCGUCAAUUUCCCUGGAACCAACAUGAAUAGAGACGACAACGUUUGGUCCGUACGAUGAGAAGGAUUUCUAAAGUAGUAGGGGAAGUAAGGCAAGAUAGCAUCCGGUGGUGGAGGACCCUAAGCUGCCGCCACCUUCGCCUUCACUCGGUGGAGAAGGUCAGAAGGGUAAUUCGGUAAAUUUUCAGCCGGGGAAGGGUAGUAAAAUGCUGGAGGAGGAUAUGGUGGUGGUUGAGUCGUGGAGGAGCCACCGCCAAUGGUUUGUUGUUACUAUAUCUCCUCCUUAGUCACAUUACUUAUUGUUCUUAAUUUAUCGUUACUUAAUGAUUUUAGUGAGUCAUUCUUCGUUAGUUAAUGGAUUUUCUUUUGUUAGUUGUGGAUUUGUAUUGAGCUAGUGUUGACUUCUUUGGUUUUUGUUGUUGUUAUUAGUGUUGUCUUCUUUAGUUAGCAUGUUGUAGUAUUCUCUAUUAUAUAUGUGUAUAUGUGCAAGCUACUCGACAUAGUUAUGAUCACUAUGUAAAAUGAUAGGUUUGCAUAAUUCUCGAUUAGUGACCAUACAUUACGUAUUUCUUGGAUCCCUGUUUGAUUAUAGUUAUAUUAACGGUCUUUUCAACGCUCUAUGUGGAGAUGUAAUUUUAAGCCUUUAAAAAAAUGUGGUGAUGUUUUUUUUUGAUUAACCAAGGAUAUCCGGCGGGGGCCACCGACUAAUUUUUUGAAGAUUUAUUCAUCGGUGACAGUCCGGUUGUUUUACGUGUGAGUUAGAAAUAUACGCUAUCUGACUACAUGAAAAGCUAGAAAAUUUGCUCUGGAAAAAAAUCAAUUCCUAAUUUGGACCAAUAUGGUGAUCCCUCAUUCAGUGGAAAUCAAUAAACCACGUGAAGUUUAAAAUGUGGAGAUGUUUUGGUUGAUUAUUUGUAUUAUUGACUAAGGAAAAGUUCCGAAAACAUGCAUGUUUUGCAUUGUAUAUACCUAUCUAUCUUUUAUUAAUGAGAGAUAUAUAUCUAUCUAUCUCUUUUUGUCUAA